ACACGCGAUCGUUGUAAAUCAGACCUCCUGAUCACCACACCACCACUGGUGGCUAUCGACCUGCGAGACGCCCUGUAAUUUACCUAUGAGGGUGCUCCCAGAUGACUUAGUGGCCAAAUGCCUGGCCAUGCUACCGCAGUGCGACCUGCAAAAGUUAUGCGUCUGCAAGCGAUGGCGCGAGCUCAGGUUGUCUCUGGCGUUCCGCCGGUAUCGCCGAGACGGCGUCGAGCGCGUGCUUGUCGCGACGAGUUGGGAUGAUCCGGAGGGGGGGGGCACCCUGGUCGAGUGUUUCGCGCUCAUCGACGGGCGGUGGCGAAAGAUGGCAAAUAACAAGGUAGACGCUAUCGGUUGUGCUGCCGCGGUCACCUUCAGCGGCGAACUCGUUAUUGUUGGGUCGAUGCAGAAAUACGAGGCUGAGAUAGAUGCGAUGUUGUCCUUCGAGGAGCGGCGCGCGCGCGUCACCUACCCCGAGGACGAGUCUCAGAGGGAAUGGCCCCCAGACGAGACAGGACGAAGCUAUAAUGGCGUUGCCUUCGAUCUCCAGAAGAAUAGGUGGCGACGCUUGGAUUGGCCUCUUCAUGAGAACAAGCACGUCUUCGGGGCUGCAUCAAACGAUGACGUCAUAGUCAUACUCAAUGGCAGUUGGGUUGAUGGAGCUGCAGCCACUCGUCGCCUGCGAUAUCACGUGCGUGGCAGCGACGAGUGGCUCGAGCUACCGCUGCCGCCCCACGAACUUGGGAUUCGCGACACUCCAUACAACUCGCCGAUGGGCAUGAGCAUCAUCGGCGACGUUCUCUAUCUCGCCGGCGGCAUUGCCUCGAACGACGAACCGUGGCCGGCCUCGACGAUGCUCCAGGCGCUGGAUCUGAAGACGCUCGAGUGGACCGUGCUCCCGCCGAUGCCGGAGCCGCGGGUCGAAUGUCUCGCCGUCGCCGUCGACGGGCGGCUCUUCGUAUUGGGUGGCUGGUCUUCGUACAGGUAUGAGAAGGCUGACUAUGACUAUGAGCAAAAAAAGUUUGUUGCGGUACACGACGCAUUGAAUUCCGUCUGCUCGUUCGAUCCGCGUACGGGCACUUGGAGAUCGGAGCCGGACAUACCUAAAUUGCAUUCAGGCAGGCCAAUUGUCAACGGCAGUGAAUUUGUUGCACCGUGGGGCGAGUACAUGAGCGCAGUUGCGCACAUGGGCUCGGUCUGCGUUUUUGGCAUCGAGGGGUCCCCGCCCUUGGCACUCGCAAAUGGUGUGUGGACUGCGCUGCCGCCGCUUCCGGAAAUAGACUAUAUGAUGCAGUGCGGUUGGCCGGGCCACUCCAAUAUUAAUCUUCCCUCCGGAUAUGAUCAUCCGAGGCUCGCUUCCCUGCCUCUGGAGUUUUUCGCGGACGACGCGGCGGCGCCAUGGCCGUUUCGUGUUGCGUCGACGCUCCGCGGCUGCGCGGCGCCUCGGCGACCCGCCGUCUUCAGGCGAGCGGAAUCUCCAGACGAUGACGCGAUGCCUUCCGAUCCCUAG